CUAUAGACCGGCCGACGGGCGCCCUACCCGUUGAGUGGAUCCCAUGGGAGGACGAGGAGGCGACGACGACGGCGACGGAACGGGGGUGGCCGUGCCGCUGGGUUGCGGCUCGCUUCACCGCGCGCUCUUGCAGUGCCACCGGCGUGCCGGGGACCCGCGGCAGCAGGCGGUGCUGUGCCGACACCUGAACCGCUCGCUGGCCGAGUGCGUCGUGUCCGCUUGCUGCCCCGAGGAGUCGGAGGCCGUGCGUAGCCUCUGCUCCAGCGCCGGUACCUCCCUCAAGCGGUCGCAGUGCCAGCGCGCGCGUCUCGCUCUCUCCGUCUGCCUUUCCUCCCCUCAACCGCCGGAUUCAUAGCCGUGGCAGUAUCCUUCUCGAGAUUACUGACCCUUCUGCACGCGGGCUCGUGUCUUGUUGGUUUCGCAUAAGCUGUUGCAGGAGUUGUUGCCGAAGGCCUAUUUGUCUCUCCUUCAGAUUUCUGGAAGAUCAGCCAUCGCAAGAGACCUGCCUAUUCUGCCUUUGUCACACAGCUUAUGUUUUAACAGUUACGAAUACUUCCCUCAUUCAAGGAGGUGAAAGGCAAGUACUAAACAUUUAGGUGUAGAAUCACUGCAAUUGCACACCAACAUAUGAAAAAUAUUGAUGCUUGGUUUAACUGUUAAGUCCAACAUCUCUUCUAUCAGUGCCUCAUUGUUUAUGUAGUAUAUACAUUGGUCACACAUAAUUUACACAUUUUUUAUGUGUAAAGUUGCAAGUGUAGAAAUGAUAUUGUAAAUUUGGAAAAUAAUAAAAUGUGUAUGAAAUUAAACAUAAAAGCAGAGCUUUGAUUAAAUUGAUUCAGAUGAUGUUGGUUUUAGAUGAGCAUUGUUAAUUUUCUUAUUGUACAGCCUGUUUUAAUAGUAGUUCUCGGUUCCAUGAUUUCUGCACCACAAGAAUGCGGGCAGCACAUUUAGUAAUAGUUUCCAUCUCACACAAAUCACUAAAGCAUGGUUAUAGCUUUCUUCACUCUUCUUCCUGUUAAGAGUGGGUCUUUGACCACCACCUUUGCUUUCAUUAGCUAGCUUUCUUAAGAGUAAAGCAAAGAAUGUAUUGAUUGCAAGCUUUUGCAGAUAGUCCUAAACCUGGAGGUGUUCCACAUUAUUACUGUUGGUUUGUUGAAUCAUGGCCUGCCAGGUUUUGAUAGUCCUGUUUGUGUCAUUACUCUGACUUCUUUAAAUGACAGGAUCACCAUUUCUGCAAUGUGGGAACAUCCACUGUUACUUCUUCCUGCUACAAAUUCUUGUUAGUUUUAAUAUCACAAACAAAUUUUUAUUUUUAUUUUCUUGCACAACAAAAGUGUCAUUUUUUCUUGUAAAAAAUGCUUCCAAAAUUAGUGAUUUUCCUCCUUGGUCCUUUAAAAUUAAGUUUUUUUUCAUAUAUAUAUAUAUAUUCUAUGAAUGCUGAUAGGAAUGAGAAAUAUGUUUGUGAUGUAAAUGUUUUGGGAAAUAUAUGUGCUAUAUUAUACUGCUACAGACUUUGAAAGAGUAGACAUGUUUGAGCAAUGCCAAGUAAUAGAAUUAGACAUUAUCUCUGCAUUGAUUCUUAGAACAGAGAUUUGACUUGAAGAGAGUGUAUGUAUCAGUGGCCAGACGCACAUGGCUGUCAUCUCCAUCAUUAAAUAGCACAUGAUGUAUGGUGACCUGCCUUCAAUCACUGCGUGAUCUCAUGUCAAAACUUGGACGGUUAUAUAGUAGAAUCACUCAUAAAGAACUUGCAAUGGGAAUCCCCCCCCCCACAUGCAUUGUAGCCUUUCCUUAAGUUGCUGUGAUCAAAGUUCAUGGUAUUUAUCCCCUUAGGAAAUCUAAAUUAAUGUUACAGGGAAUUGCCUUCUUUUUAGCUAAGUAUUAUUGUAUGAGCGUGGGUACAUGGAAGCAAUAGAUACAUGGCAAAAGCGAGACAUGUCAGAUUCUAAAGCCAAAGGCAAAGUUGAUUCAAACCUGUUAAAGACCUUCCUGCACAGAACAUAUGGCCAUGGGAAAGAUGAGCAGGCUGUGUCUUCUCCUCCUCUCCUCGCUCUCUUGCUUCUCUGCCAUUGCCUUGUCAUGGCAGCAGCCUCGCCCAGAGACGGUCGACCUUGCGUACCACAUGGGGCCUGUCCUCACCUCCCCCGUUAACGUCUACACCAUAUGGUAUGGCCACUGGGAGGCAGCUCCACAAGGCAUCAUCAGGGACUUCCUGCUCUCCCUCUCCGCCCCUUCUCCUUCCCCCUCCGUCGGCGACUGGUGGCGCACCGUCCGCCUCUACACCGACCAAACCGGCUCCAACGUCACCGGCAGCUUCGUGCUGGCCGGCGAGCUGCACGACUCGGCCUACUCGCACGGCGCCACGCUGUCCCGCCUCGACAUCCAGUCCGUCAUCAGGUCCGCCGUCGCCGCCCACCCGCAGCGGCUGCCGCUGGACCCGCGCAACGGGCUCUACCUGGUCCUCACCUCGCCCGACGUGGAGGUGGAGGACUUCUGCCGGGAGGUCUGCGGCUUCCACUACUUCACCUUCCCGGCGGUGGUCGGCGUGACGGUGCCGUACGCGUGGGUGGGGCACAGCGGCUCGCAGUGCCCGGGGAUGUGCGCUUACCCGUUCGCGCUGCCGGAAUACAUGGUGGGGGUUCACAACGCGAGCGGCGGCGUUCGGGCUCUCGGAGCGCCCAACCGGGACGUGGGCGCCGACGGCAUGAUCAGCGUGAUAGCCCACGAACUGGCGGAGACGUCGAGCGAUCCGCUGAUCAAUGCGUGGUACGCGGGCGACGACCCGGCCGCCCCGGCGGAGAUCGCCGACCUCUGCGUCGGAGUCUACGGGUCGGGAGCGGGAGGCGGGUACGUGGGGAGCGUGUUCAAGGGAUCAGAUGGGGAGGCUUACAACCUGCAUGGAGUGAACGGGAGGAGGUUUCUUGUGCAGUGGGUGUGGAACCCUGUAAAGAUGACUUGUUUUGGUCCAAAUGCCAUGGAUUAAAGGGCUGUAAUCUUUGAGUUGAGGGAGGGAACAGCCUCAAUCCCUCCUGCAGACACACACAAGAAAAGGAAGAAGAAGACACAGUCUGUCACCUUUCA